CGAUUGUUCCUUAAGUAAACCUCACGUUGUCUGAUAUGUGAUCCACAUAUAAAUCAUUAUCUUAAUUCAUUCACGUACCUUUCCACAGCCUAGUAAACAAUAUGAAAGGAGUAAGCCUUCUAAUCAUAUGUGCAUUUGGACUGGUCGUCGUUAGUUCACAAGACUGGCACAAAAACUGGAGCAAUCUAUUAAGUAGUAUUGCAAAUAAACACAGUGGUAGUGGACAAGACGGAGGAGAAUGUGAUCAUGAAGACAGGAAAGAUCAUGCGAUCGCCCUGCUAAAUGAAUGGAUUACACAUAAGCAUUAUGACGCUGUUGAAAAACUCUACCAUGAUAUCUACCACAAAGAUUUGUCUGCAGCUAGAAGGAAAAGACAGUGGCACCAUUAUUCCAGUAAUUUUGACGAAGCUUUUAUCCAUAGCAACAGAGAUCCAGAUUAUCGUCAUGUUGAAGGUUAUAUCAUGAUAAACAUGAACCAAGCAUGCAGAGUGGAAUUAAUGAGAUGGAUCGAAAAUCUUGCACAUCAUCAUAAUCCUCAUGCAGCUACAACUGCAAAACCGACGCAUGCUCAUGUACACACUACUGCUAAACCGACGCAUGCUCAUGCAGCUACUACCGCAAAACCGACGCAUGCUCAUGCAGCUACUACCGCAAAACCAACACCUGUUCAUGUACCAACAACCAGAGCAUCAUUGACUCUCACUCCUUCAACACAAGCAACGAAAAUAACAGUCAAAACAACCUGUGAUGCUGUAACAUUCGUAACUGCUUUGGCACGUGGUACAAUAUUAACCAAUGCUAAAGCUGGUAUGUGUACAGAUGGUACACGCAGCCGCCCUGAGGCUUUAAUCAUGGAUUCAUGUAUGGCACCUGCCGUAGCUGAAUGGUCAGAGGGAGUUAAGGUAAUGGGAAAUUGUGAUAGAAUUCCUGACUAUACACCUAUUGCAACUUUCGAUUUUGGAACAUAUGUCGAAGAUGGAACUGACAUUGCCGGAAUAAUCACUGAGUGUACACCAAAUGGAUUCAAGAUUGCAAUGCAGUUAUGUGGACAUCCAGUAGAUGUUUAUGAAGUGACGUCAGGCCAUCCAAAUCCAAGACAGAAUGCUGACAAUUACCACGUUAUUAAUUGGUGAAAGUAAUAAAUAAAAAGGCUGUAAAUUAC